AUGGGCAAGAACAGGAAUCGGAACAGGAACAAGAAUCGAGCCAAGAAGGCAAAAGGUGGUGGAGGUGAGGAUGGCGAGACAAGUAAGACGCCGGCGAAGAUACUGGUCGACAAGCAGAAGGAUGUCAAGGAGCCGGAAAAAAGGGGGGCUAGCGAUGAACAAGAUGCAGCUCUUCUAGAGGCUCCGAUAGGCAACUCAAAGGCCAGACGCGAUUCGGUCAUUUCGAGCACUUCGGAAAGUGCGGCGGAUCAAGUCCACGUCGUAGCGCAAGUGACUCCAAGGUCAGGCUGGAAUUUUCGAAUCCGUCUCUGGCUCUGGCUCUGGCGGAGCUGGCCAUGUCGAUUGUUACGCUGGACAUAUUGUUUUCUGCUUGCCCUGGUGCGAAUCGACUGGAACGACCAGCGGCGAGCGGCAGAUCUGCUGCUGGCAGUAGGACUUGCUGGAUCGGUCGUGUUUGGGGUCUGUCUCGUUGUUGAUUUCGUGGUCAAGCAUUCAGAGGAGCUAAGGGCGGUUUUCCCUGCGAAGUGGUUCCUGGAAGCAUUCUCAGGUAUACGAGUCAAGGUGUCAGUGUUACAAGUUCACUGCCAGAAAGUGUUGCGAGGUGAUAAACCUUGGGUGGCUGCUUGGUCAGCAUACCCUAACCCAGAGGACGGCACUUGA